UGCUGGUGGGUGCAAGAAAGUGCAAAAUCGUAGCCAUUUGGAAAAGCGAAGAAAAUAUUCUGCAUCGUCAAAUUUAAGUGCUAUAUUUUUCGUAAAAGUGUCGCUAAGAGGUUCCCUUUCGAGUGCGAAACCAAUUCCUCCCGGCAGCAGGAGCAAUGUGAACGGUUCCGAACGUUGCGUGAGUGUCGGAGGAACAUAAAAGACAAUAAUUUUCGGAAACUGCUGGUUCGCUUGACGUAGAAAGUGGGAAAAGAAGAAGCAGCUGCAGUGAAUCAAAGCUGUUUUUGACGACACAACAGCAGCAAAAAAAAAAAUAAUAGAAGAUCCGUUUCGGUUUGAACGGGGAAAAUAGAAGCGGAAAAAAGUGAUUUUCCACACUACAAAAACGUGGGGGAUAUUGGGUUGGGAGCAGGUGUCGUUCCACUAAUCGAUACGGAUCGACUCGACGACAGCAGUAUAAAAACGUGACCAACAGCCACCUCCUUAUACGUACGGAGGGGGACUGCACACGGUCGGUAGAACAAACGAGCAACACGUGGACGAACGUCGUUAAAGUAUAUAAUUAAUAUAUCGACACAACAGAUGGAAGAGGGAAUACAUCAGCUGAGUGUUACGAUCGAGUACGCCUCCUUACGCACCAAUGGUUUCCUCAAACCGAACCCUUACGUGGAGAUUUCAAUCGACAAUAAAAGCACCCGCAAGACCGAUUUCCUAAAGAACACCAACGCACCCAAAUGGAACGAGCGCUUCACCGUGAUCGUGUCGGCCAAUUCGUUGCUACACUUUCGGGUGCUGGAUCACUCCAGCUUCCGGAAGGACUCAGUUCUUGGUCAACAGACGGUCUAUCUGGCCAACAUUCUGGAACACUACAAUGGUGUGUUGGAGAAUCUGGAACUCAGCAUGGACCUGCUGUCGGACGGGUCCAGUUCGAAAGUGAACGAACCGCGACAGCCAUCGAAAACCGGUGAACUGGUAGCAGUGCUAAAUGGGCUGAAGAUAGAUAUGCGAACGGUGCCACUGCGGCCGGGCAGCAGUGGUGCUGUAGGGCUAAACACCAGUGGUAGUGGCAGCAGUCACAGCAAUGACGUAGCAGCAGUAGCACUCAUCAACGGCAAUGGGCUAUCUUCAGCACUGGACAUGGUCGGCACCAGUAGUGGGUCUAACAGCUACCGAAGUAGUAUCCUAAAUGGUGGUAUCCGUGCACGCAUGCGACUCCGUGGAUCUUCGUCACAGUCUCAAUCGUCACAGCUGCAACCCCCUUCCAGUGGCCCCGGAAGUAUUCAAUCGUCGUCUACACAGUACCCAGUACAACCCCAUCAUUCCCCUUUGGCCGGCAACAGUCACGGUAAUAUCAAUAGCUUGGGUGAUUGUGUAUCGGUUAACAGUGCUGCGGCAAAUUUCAACGAUCUAAGCAUACAUUCCACUGGAUCGGCAUCGCCUUCGGCGUGCACAAUGGGUAACGGUGUUGCGAUGCCAAUGGUCGGAGGAGCUUCUCCGAUGGGUCCCGGAGCAUCAACCGGUGCUGUCCGCCGGAGUAGUGGGAUAAAUUGGGAUCAACAGCAACAACAGGAACAAGCUCAGACGAUGCAUUCAAUGGCAACUGGACAUCCGCGUCUUGGUCCGGUGUAUUCUAAUUCAUCGCAAGAUUCAUUGAUUAAUGGCGUUCCGAAUGGUGCUAAUCAUGGUCAAGCGCAGCCGAGCAUGAGUGGUGCAUUGGUGCCUAUGAACGGUGGUCCACAGCAAGUAGCGACAGCAGGAGCAUCACCAGGUGCGUUGGUUCCCAUCGGUGGAAGUCUAACCGAUCAACAGAUGCUGUUAGAAGCAGCAGCGGCGCAACAAAAUCCAAUUGAUGACGAACCUCUUCCGGCGGGCUGGGAAAUGCGAGUCGAUAAAUACGGUCGUCGGUACUAUGUGGACCAUAACACACGUUCUACGUAUUGGGAAAAGCCACAACCACUGCCUGCAGGUUGGGAAAUGCGGCGAGAUGCACGAGGUCGAGUGUACUACGUAGAUCAUAACACUCGAACAACGACCUGGCAGCGGCCGAACAGCGAACGGCUAAUGCACUUCCAACAUUGGCAAGGCCAACGCCAACACAUCAUAUCACAGGGUAAUCAAAGGUUCCUAUAUCCUCAGCAUGCUCAACAAUCGAACACGACAUCCGUGCAAGAGGAUGAUGAUGGCCUAGGAACACUUCCUGAUGGUUGGGAAAAACGGGUUCAACCGGAUAAUCGUGUAUACUUUGUGAAUCACAAAAAUCGAACAACGCAAUGGGAAGAUCCCCGAACUCAAGGUCAAGAAGUAAACAUGCUUGCCGAAGGACCGCUGCCGCCGGGAUGGGAGAUCCGAUACACAGCAAGCGGGGAGCGGUUCUUUGUAGAUCAUAACAAUCGAAAAACUACAUUUGAAGACCCACGGCCUGGUGCACCGAAGGGUGGAAAAGGUGUCUACGGAGUUCCACGAGCCUACGAACGGUCCUUCCGAUGGAAGCUCAGUCAAUUCCGGUACCUGUGUCAAAGUAAUGCCCUCGCAUCUCAUAUCAAGAUUACUCUCACCCGUCAAACUUUGUUUGAAGACUCCUACCACCAAAUAAUGCGACUACCAGCUUACGAACUACGGCGACGGCUGUACAUCAUCUUCCGAGGGGAAGAAGGUUUGGAUUACGGUGGCGUUUCGCGAGAAUGGUUCUUCUUGCUAUCGCAUGAGGUGCUCAAUCCAAUGUACUGUCUGUUCGAGUAUGCCAACAAAAACAACUACAGUCUACAAAUCAAUCCUGCCAGCUACGUCAAUCCAGAUCACUUGCAGUAUUUUAAAUUUAUUGGCCGAUUUAUCGCGAUGGCUCUGUACCAUGGGCGGUUUAUCUACUCUGGCUUUACGAUGCCGUUCUACAAGCGAAUGCUGAACAAGAAGCUAACUACCAAAGAUAUCGAAACGAUUGACCCGGAGUUUUACAAUUCGCUCAUCUGGGUGCGGGAUAACAAUAUCGACGAGUGUGGCUUGGAGUUGUGGUUCAGUGUGGACUUCGAGGUGCUGGGGCAGAUUAUUCAUCACGAGUUGAAAGAGGAAGGCGAUAAGGAACGAGUAACGGAGGAAAAUAAGGAGGAGUACAUUUCACUCAUGACCGAAUGGCGAAUGACGAGAGGUAUUGAAGAGCAAACCAAAACCUUUUUGGACGGUUUCAACGAGGUGGUGCCUUUGGAGUGGCUGAAGUACUUUGACGAGCGGGAGCUGGAACUGAUGCUUUGCGGUAUGCAGGAGAUCGACGUCGACGAUUGGCAGCGGAAUUCGAUCUACCGGCAUUACAAUCGUAACAGCAAGCAGAUGGUGUGGUUCUGGCAGUUUGUACGAGAAACUGACAACGAAAAGCGCGCCCGACUGCUACAGUUUGUGACGGGAACGUGUCGGGUGCCGGUCGGUGGAUUCGCCGAACUGAUGGGCUCGAACGGUCCCCAGCGGUUCUGCAUCGAAAAGGUCGGCAAGGACACGUGGCUCCCCCGGUCACACACGUGCUUCAACCGGUUGGAUUUACCGCCGUAUAAGAGCUACGAUCAGCUGGUCGAGAAGCUAAACUACGCAAUCGAAGAAACGGAAGGCUUUGGGCAGGAGUAAAAGCGCUCAUUCCUGGCAUGCUGGCGGUGGGAUACAACUUUGAGUGGAAAUGUGAAACGACAGAAAUAUCUGCGGUGAUAGAAAAUUCGCAAUUUGAAUUGAUUAGAACAAAGCGGUAUUUUUCUGCUUUUAUGUGGAAAGUUGUUAUGUUCUCGGUUGGUUGUAUAUUGUGAUUUUAUCCAAUUUAGCGUAUUAUUUUAGCCAGACAUUUUUUUUACAACCGAAUUCUUUAUUUGGAUGCGGAAAUAACCGGCAUUAAUCAAUGGACUACAUUGAAAUUUGUAAAUAACCCAAACCUUAGAAAACGAACCCGGAGCAAUCCGUUUAGUUUUUCCCUUGUUCCAAAAAAAAAAUCGUGAUACAUAAAAAGAGAAGUGAAGAAAAUAAUGUAAUAUAUCUUAUUAAACUUUUGUAAAUAAAACAAAGCAACUAGGCCUAGCUAAAUUAGACAAAAGUUAGACGAAAUAAACGUCACUUCAGCAAA